UUUUUUUUUUUCAACUUUUCUUUUCUUUUCCAUUAAAAAAAAACAAAACUUCUCAAGUUUGAAGAGAAUUCUUCUCUUGUUCUGACAGAAACAAAAUAAAUAAAUUUGAAAUUUAGCUAAAAUACAAAAUUAAAUUGGAAAAACACUUUCUUGCUAAGUGAGUUAAGGAAUCGAUAACAAAAAAAUUGUCAAAUUGAAAUUCAAGUAGUGAAAAGAAAAGAAACGAAAUUAAAAACAAAACAAAACAACGAACCAAUUACGAGUCACACAAUCCACCGAGCUCGUGUAGUGUGAUCAAACAGGAAUUAUCUUAUCACUUACAUCAAGAGAAAACAUUUGGACAGACUGUAUCCAUCAUGAGCAGCAGCAUCAUCCCAUUCAUUGUCAGCUUGUUGAUUCUGACUGGUCACUCCCAGUUUCAGUUCGAAUAUUCUGAAUCCGUGUGCCAACGCUCCUGGUACAACCGGUUUCACUUGACGUCCACCACGAAACCCACGGUGGAAGUCCUACGCAACAACAUCCUGAUGGGCAAACCCGUGAAGGUGGUCAUCACCCAGGGCAUGUACAAGGAGACGUUUAAUCUGGAUAACCUCAACAUGAACGGACUGGUCAUUUGUGGAGAGUCCAUUGAAAGAAUGUCACGCCCCAUAGGACCGGAUUCAGAAUUUCAGCCAAUCAUUGUGUGCACCAAUGGUGACGUCAGCUUCCUGAACAUCUCAGCCAGAAGUUGGAAUGGUUACGUUCUAGCACAUGCCUGGAAGGUGGACUCACUCAUGUUUAGUACCAGAGAUUAUAGUCCUGAACAUAUACCAGUGACCUCACGUUACCUGGACGGGUCAAGCAGUAACGGCAUCAGAGACAACUUCAUGGCCAUGGCAGUCAAGUCAGAGAUGAGAGGUGUCAUGAGGGACAGAGGAUACGCCUUUACAAUGGACAACAUCCACAUAGACUACGCCACGAAACACAUCAGCGGACAGAGCUUGAGUCAUGUGAGCCAAAGCCUCACCAGCGCUGGUGGGAUCGUUUUCAGAGACCCGCCAUACCACUGGCUGUCGUCAUGGGAGACCACUGGACGUCGGGACUCGGCCAGAUGGACCAUGGGGGAUAUGAAGCCACUGAAACACACCAACGACUACGUGGCCUUACAGUGGUACGCCGACUCCUGCUGGUCGGUGGUCUACGAGCACGACAAGAACGGCCAACCCUUGCGUGGAUCUUUUGAGACGCUGAAGACAUUUGUCAAGAUGGGAUACAGAGUCAGGGUCAAUUUUGAUGGAUACUCACUGGAAGCAAACUCUGUGUUUGUCUCUCCUGAUGACGUGAUUGUGGCCCAAACAUCUGCCGAAAUGGCCCGUAGAGGUGGCGCUGACAAUGACAAGACAUUUUUUAACACCAAAACAAGACAAAUAUUCAGACUUAUUCAUACCACAGGUGUGGUUCGUAGCCAUCUUUACUUCAUUGAAAAUGGAGAACUCUCCGCCAAGUCAACAGAGAACAUGCAGAUGACGUGGUCAGUGGAUACCAGGCCUUGGAACCAAGUGGUUGUAAUGGACAGUAAAAACAACGUCACGUUUGGGAAUGUCACAAGUCUCUUGUACGCCAUGGAGACCUCUAGUAUCAGGGUCAAGCUCGAGUUGAAGGAAAGUUUAUUCAACGGCAACAACUCGGAAAUGUUUCUGGAGAUGACGAACGUUCGAUCGCCCAACGUCACGGACGGUGUGCCCGAAGUUGUGGCACAGUCCCUCAGGACCGUUCCUUUCUACAGGCAGGGCUCCAGCAAGGAUUACUUCAUGUACCUGAAGAACAAUGUCAAACAGUAUUUGCAAGUGUCCACCAAGACCGGACUGACCGUCGCCCAGUUCGACAUGGUUACGCGCGCUUACGUCAAGCCCAGUGAUUGGCUGGUGGAAAGUAUUACGUGGUAUAAAGACGAAAGAUUGUAUUGAUCCAAUUCCAAUCAACAAUUUGAAAAAAAAAGAAUAUAGUCUUAAUAUUUAAGGUUGAGGUUUAUGUUUGACAUAAAUACAAAAAAUUAUUGGAUAACAAUGAAAUUAGUAGCUUUGAAAAAACAACAACAUAAGUAGAUUAAAUUUUUCAGUUGGAACUUUUCAACGGUUGGAAGAUUUGCAUUUUAACAUUGGAAGAGAAAUUUUACAAAUGGGAGGCGGGGGUAAAAAUAGGUCAAAUUAGUUCUCGAUGGAUUACGCUGAGUCUAACAGAGUAUAUGAUAAGCGAUUACUUCAAUGGUUCUAAAACUGUAAGGCUUGUACAGCAAUAAUGGUCUCAGUUUGCUUUUUUUGUCUGAACAUUGUAUCGCACAUUUAAUGUUUACAUAGUUUGAAUAUAUUUGGCACCUCUGCUAUUAAAGAGCUGGUUUUAUUUAUUUUGAUAAUGUGGUCAAAAAAUUGUUGUAAGGUUAAACAAAUCUGACCAUCGUAAAUACGUUGUCCUUAAAAACAGUGAAGGCCUACUAUUGGGAAUGUGCACGCUACGCUCUAGAAGGUCAAGGAUGCAAGAGUUCAAUUCAGUGGCGUCAACCAAAUAAAACAACAACAAUGGAGGAAGAGAUUAGAACAUGUGACUUUCUGAUGACGACAACAAAAUUCUCCUAAAAACUUGGUUUAUUAACACUUCCUUCAUUCUGUACACCAGAGACACCACAAGCUAUUUUUAGUUUCUGUACGUCACAUAACAAUUAUUUAGUUAUUUAAUAUUUGUUAAAUGGUUUUAAUUUACUAGUAAAGUCUAAAUAAAACAACAACAAAACAAAAUACAAAAACAGAAUUAAAUAAGCUCAUGGAUAUGAUGAUAUAAUAUAAUAA